AUGAACAUAAAUGAGAAUGUCUCAGAAUGUGAACGAUCGUGUUACCUUUAUUGGAGUCUGGGCAAUUGGACAACGAGUAAAUAUUUGAAUGUAGUGAAUGGUGCUGGUAUUGAUGUUCUAUUGAUGAGUCUUCGAGAUGCAGAACCAGUCUGUAGGUGA